UGAAGCAGCAGCGGGGCGCUGAAGCGCGAGCGCAACCCUCCCAUAGAGACAAACUUUAUGUGCUUGGGUUUCUUCACUACAUUCAUAGGCACAAGAGGAAAGUGAAAUAUUAUUGGCCAGUGUUGUGAAGUUGUGAAGUCUUGAGGAUUUGUUUGUGAUAUGGAAUUAAUGCUGAGCGAGUAUUAGUUCUUACUUCUGGAAUAAUUCCACGGGUUUUUUUUUUUCUUUUUUCGUCAUCAAUGCAAAACAGCGCUGCUUACCACAGCUGAUAGAUGAAGUGAUACAGGUAUGUGAAUCUGAAUGAAAACCCAUCAUGCUACUGAAGAUUCUUCCUCUGUUGGAAGUCAUUGUUGCAGUACUGUCCCUAUUCAAUCACACUAGUGCAGCAGAAGUCCAUGUCCGUGCAAAGAAAGGAGACACUGCUGUGUUGACAUGCAGUCUUCCAGCCCUGGAUGAGGGCAGCUCUGCUCCUCAGCACGUCAUCGAGUGGGUGCGUCAGGACUAUGAUAUCCCCAUCCUCAUCCAGUUUGGAGUGCACGAUCCCAGAGUGCAUCCCAGCUAUGACGGUCGAGUGUCACUCGUCAGGGGGACAUCACUGCAGGUGAGGGGGCUUCUCUUGGAGGAUGAAGGCUGGUAUGAGUGCAGAAUCCUCCCGCUAGACAAAACCACAGAUGAGGCUGGCAGCAGCGGGAGCUGGACUCUACUCUCCGUUACAGCACCUCCUGUGUUUACGGAGACCCCCCCUCCUGGAGUUGAAGUGUUUGUAGGGAGAUCGGUAACCCUGAAGUGUGCAGCUCGGGGAAAUCCACGGCCUACAAUAGGCUGGUCUAAAGAUGGACGACCAAUAAAACCUCAGAACAAAGUAAAGAUCACGAAUGGAAGUGUAUCUUUCCAUGCUGUAAGCAGAGAAACAUCAGGCCAUUAUCAGUGUGACGCCUCCAACACUGAAGGAAAUAUAUCUCACGUCACACUGCUCAAAGUCAUUGGCCCUCCAGUGAUCGUAAUUCCUCCAACGGACACCGUUCUCAAUAUGUCCCAGGAUGCCAGGUUGAAGUGCCAGGCUGAGGCUGACCCCCCCAACAUGACCUAUGUGUGGCAAAGACAGGGAGAAGACAUUUACCACAUUGAGUCUCUGAAGUCACGUGUUAAGGUUAUAGUGGACGGUACACUUCUCAUAUCGCGUCUGAUUCCAGAGGAUUCUGGGAACUACACCUGCAUGCCCACUAAUGGACUUCCUGACUCCCCUUCUGCCUCGGCCACCCUCACUGUGCAGCACCCAGCACAGGUGAUGAAGAUGGCCUCAUUGACCUUCCUCCCCACUGGCAUGAGGGGCGUCAUUGCGUGCCCCGUCAGAGCUGAACCACCAUUAUCACAUGUCGACUGGAUCAAAGAUGACAAACCACUUGAUUUAGGCAUUUAUCCUGGGUGGACACUGACUUCAGAAGGCUCUAUCAUUAUAGCAACAGCUAAUGAUGAUGCUGCAGGUGUAUACAUGUGCACUGCCUACAAUAGCUUUGGGACAAUGGGCCAGUCUGAGCCCACUACUGUUAUACUACAGGAUCCUCCAUCAUUUAAAGUAUCACCUCGUAAAGAGUACAGACAGGAUAUCGGUAGGAUGCUUGUUAUUCCAUGUCAGAUGGACGGUAAUCCGGCUCCAAAAGUCAGCUGGAAAAAGAUUGGCAUAGCCUCUCGCUCACUGUUCACUCUGGCAGUGAAUGGCUCCCUCAUUCUGCAUCCUCUCAGUAAAGACCACCAGGGGGAAUGGGAGUGCAGUUCCACCAACCGAGUGGCCACUGUAUCCGUCAGAACAACAGUCCAUGUGCUCGGUACAAGUCCACAUGCCGUGUCAUCAGUAUCUGUGAUCCCAGGAAUUAACCAAGCCAAUGUCUCCUGGGUGGCUGGCUUUGAUGGAGGAUAUGCCCAGAAAUUUACUGUCUGGUAUAAGCAGGUGUCAGGAGAAAGGAAAGAGGAAAAGCAAGAGUGGCUGCCUUUCUCAGACCUCUCCACUGAAAAAAGUCUGUUGGUCACCAAUCUUCUUCCUUCCACUGAGUACCAGUUCAGUGUCGUAGCCCAAAAUAAAAUUGGCACUGGGCCCUUCAGUGAGAUCACCACCAUCACAACUCUGGAUGCACUUCCUGAUGUGGCCAAGCUGGUACCACCUACAAAUCUCUCAAUCAAUAAGAGUUCAGAGGGAAUUCUUCUGUGGUGGUCAGUACCCAAGGCCCAGUCUCCACCCAUUGACAGUUUUGUCGUACAGUCACGUCUUGAAGGAGGGGAAUGGAUUAAUCUGAAAGAGAACAUUAGUCCAGUUCAAAGUCAAAUCUUUCUUCCAGGGUUAUGUAAGGACUGCAAGUAUGAACUGAGGCUUCUCUCUCAACGUGGAGAUCAGAUGAGCAUGCCCAGUCCAUCAAUCAAUGUCUCCACCAUUGGAAUUAAUAAGCACCCAGCCAGUUCCCGCCUACUAGACUAUCCUGACCAGCUAAUGGCUGGCGUUAUGGGUGGAGUAGGACUCCUUUGUCUUGCUCUUAUCCUGACCCUGGCAAUUGUCUGUUUCAUUUUUCACAAAAGGAACCGAAGGCGCAGGCAGAAUAUCAAGGAUCUCCCUCCUGCAAUAAAUAAGAAUCCUUCUGAAAACCCUGACAACACCCUAAACCAAAGGUUCCUACCAGCUCGCCCACUCUCCUACACUUCCUCUUCUUCCAAUCACUCCUCCAGUGAAAAGUCUAGUCACAGGGAUUUUCUUGACCAGCAGCAACAUCUCCUGCCUCAAGCUAACCUUACAUCCCACCAACCCCUCCCUGAGAGCCAUCUCCAAUGGGCAUCACUUGCCCCUGUGUCUUCUGUCGAGUUCAUUCACAGAGGGUUUGAUGGACGCUUUAUUGUUGAUCCUUGUGAAGACACCAAUAUUUUCAGUUCUCAGAACAAAAGGAACUCAUGUCAAAACUCCCAUCAGUCAUCAGAUGGUAACAGGGACUUCAGAAACCAGAAAUCCCAGUCUUUGAGAUCCUACAGGGGUGAAAGAAAAAAAACACCCUUUGUCCUUUCAGUGGAUCUUCCACCUUUUGGAUCAGAUAUCCCUUCUUCCAGCAGAACACGAGCUAUGGCUAAGCACCUCUCAUUGAAUGGCUGUUACAUACCCAUUCGGGAGCAAGAUUUCUUGGAUGGACUAGACCGAACAAGUCUCUCGUCAGUUAGCAUUGGCUCUUUUCUCUAUCCCCAUUCAGAAAGUACUAUGGGUCGACAAUCCCUGAAACAAGAUACCAAACACUCUACAGCCAGUACCCUGGUUUUGCAGAUGGAGCAUGAGAGGGAACAAGGAAACCUAAGUCGCUGUUUAACUUUAGCUCGUGAGAGAAAGGAGCUUGAAAGGGAACUGCGCAAGUACACUAUUGAUGAAACUCCAUAUAGUCAUGAACAGACAGAUGAUGAGUCUGGACAAAUCUGUAAAUUUCAAGAAACCUCAACACCUCAGGGUAACUACCAAGCAACUAGACACAGCCUUUUAUCUGAAAAUGGCAGCAUGUUGAAGGUAAGAGCUGCCUCUUGCAUUCCGUGGGAGGAAAGACACAGGAUUUCUUUAGCAAGCUUGGUUCCCCUACAUACCUCUCAUGGAAAGGAUACCAAGAAUAGGCAGAAUCAACAAGGUUACUAUUCCAUCCAGAGAUCCAACUACCAAAGGUCUCGUAGUCUAGACAGAGGGGAACACCAAAAAUCACAAACAUGGGACCGAAGACGAAGCAGAACUCCCGUUGAGUCAAGUCUUGGUCAUGUAAUGGAUGAACCUUUAAUCUACAAAUUGGAAAAGACCCAAACUGAUAUACGGCAUAGAGGCCAGAGAACCUCAAGUAGAAGUCAAAAUUAUUUGGACCCAUGUAUUUAUUCAUCCUCAGAUGAUCAGCAGAGGCUGACCAUAGAAAGAAGCACUAGACAGAUAAAUCCAACUAGUGUUUAUUCAGAGAUGAGUGUAGAUGGAACUGGUCUUGAGAGCCAGUCUUCUUAUUCAAGGUCUAUGCUGGGCACUAAUCACAGCUAUGAGACUCUAGAUUAUGACAGACCCAGAUUAUCAGAUCUUGAAAAUGACAGAUCAGUAGAGUCAGGACAUAUGAGUUUAAGAAAGCACAAUUGGUCGAGCAAAUCUGUAUCUCAAAUGAAUGUCUCUGGAACAAUGCCUCGGAAAACAAAGAGUCUGGGGUCAAACAAUUGGAAUCGGCACAAGAGCACCCAAAGUUUAGAUUCAAAAUUGUACAAGGACCACUUUUUGACCCCUGAUGCUUGGGUAGACUCGCUGACACUUGGACAAGAUUCUAAAAUGUCCCCCAUAGCAUGCAGACCCAACUCUGUGGCAGAUAAGCCUAAAAGUAGUCCCAGUUUGCGAACAGAUUCAUCUGUGCCUUUAGAAAGACAAAUACAAGACACCAGUCAACAGGGCUCUAAAACCUAUGAUGGUUCAAAAUCCUGCAAAAACCUUCGGUCGGGAAAUAGAACUCAUGCUGCCUUAUCAAUAGGGGGUUCUAGCUGGCCACAGCCUUAUUGCCCCUCUCUGCCAGCCUUGCCAUCUGGAAGACGGAGCCAAAGCCAAGAGAGGGAGAGAGAGGAGGAAGACGAAGAUGGGCAGGAGGUGGAUGUAGAAAUUAACAGAUACCGGAAGAGUUCAGAGACAGAGGGAAGUUACCGAAGUUAUGCAAGCCAAAGCAGUGGUAGAGGCAGCAUGGAUGCCCCUAACUAUAUGCAGUUCUCUCUCAGCCCCCCUCUCACAAGUUCUCCAGAGACAACAGAGGACAGUGACAGAGACGAGGCAGUUCUACAGGAUCCUGAACAACAUGAAAGAUCUAAAAGAGGCUCUGUGGAUGAGAGUUAUGAGUGGGACUCUGCUUACAUCCCAAUGCAUCCUGUGGACCCCAAAGUGUCAAUGAGCAAGGCAGGUCUUCAGAGUCAACUGAAGAAGAUCAGCACUACAAAAGAUUAUGGCAGGCCAGAUUUAGACCUGAAACAAAAAGGUCUUUACCCUCCGGCUGGUUGGAAGGAAUCUGUGCCACUUUUUGAACUUCCUAGUAUUCUUCCUCCUCACUUCGAGCAAGAAUCACUUCUUGCCCAGGAGAUUCGGAAGAGCUUCACAUCACUCCCAGACCCAGAACCCGACACUGUGCUUUUUUGAUUAAGAACAAUUGGACACAGCAUGGUUCCCAUCAACACACAUCUGAAUGGUCAGGAUGAGAAGGGACACUAGGGUUCACAAUUAAUUGGACAUCUGUAGACCACUCAAGCACAAGAACACACAGUCGUCUGCCCAACUAAUGGAAAUGACAUUACCUAAUGGAUGGGCCAAAGCACAGUGAAGGGAACUGUCAUUUAACCCUUUCGAGUCGAUUAACGCAUAUAUGCGUUUUGAGUCAUUUUCACCUGAUAACCCCGAAAAGAACUUAAAUUACACUCUCAGUUUUAAUCGUACAGAUAAGAGCAAUACAUCAAUCGAAUCUGUAAAGGGUCUAGUUUUUUUUGGAUACAGACAUAAUAACAAAAAACUUUUGUGCACUUAUAAAAUAAAGAUAACAAACAAGUUGCGCUGUCUACAGUCUUUGUCUCCACUGAUCGUCAUGUACAAACAUUUCAUUAAAAUGAACUGUAACUCCGUGAAUACUCAACGAAGAGACAUGAGAUAGAUAUCUAUAGAAAGCCUGGAAUGUCUACUUUUAAACUAAACAAGUGCUGCCGAAAACAAAUAUUCUGAGAUAAAGUAAUCCAUAUGAAAACAACGCAAUGUCUGUUUUUCAUAUCUCCGCUCAUUAUAUCUAAUGUGACCACGCCCCCGCGCUGAACGCGCUAUUCAGAUUCAAACUGAAGCGCGCGGCUUGCAUACGCCCACACAGAAGAAAAAGCAGCGAGACUGUUCUUCAAGUUUUUAUUUUAUUUUACUGUUUGCUUCGCGAUGAGAGGACUAAGACAUAAUUCACCCCAAAAAGAUGUGAUGUGGUUGAGGAUUUGAGAAAUGGAUUUCCUCAGAAAAAAGAAUGAAGCACUUUAUUCAGCAGAGAUCAUAAACAUGAGUAAGUCUCUUUUUAUUUAUUUGUACUAGUUUUCACAUAACGUGUAAACAUUUUACUAGUUAGACUUUUUCCAAAUACUUUUUCCAAACUAUAAUUCCUGACUUAAUGUAUAAUCAAGUGAAACAUUAUGAAGUUUCAAUAACAAUAUACAAUACUAUACCAUUCAAAAGCUUGAUGUAAAUAAUAUAAAUGUGACAAAUAGAGAUAGCUCUAACAAAUGUAAAAACAAUGCAGUUCUUUCGUUUUAUUCCCCCUAAAAAAAACCUGAAAAAUAUUAUCAGCUCUUUUCAACAUUAAUAAUAAUAAUAAUAAUGAUGAUGAUAAUAAAUGGGGUUUAUUUGGUAGAAAAUAAGAUUGUUAAAAGGAUUUCUGAAGGAUUGUGUGACUAGAGAAAGGAUGCCAAAAAAUUUGAAAGUCAGCUUUGAUUGUUCCUAAUAAACUGUUUAACUGCUCCCCCAAGUGGAUAUUAAAUUAUGUUGUGGGAUAAUUAAAUAUAUUCUUAAUAAACUACAAACAUAAAAUUAUAUACUUUUAUUUUGUUCUCACAUUCUUUCUUGCAAGUCCUCCCUCAGAGUGGCACAGUUGAAUGAGAGGCUCAUUAUGCAGCUCAUUAUGCGGGCCUUUGUCUUCUCAGGUGUAAAUCACAAUGAUAUUCAUGAUAGUUGACGCCUACUCGCAUAUGACUUUUACCAACAAAAAGUGUUUUAGAAAAUUUAAAUCAAUAUAUUGUUUUCUGUGAGUGAGUAAACAAGAUGAUUUUCACAUCAUUCAGAAAGAAAAAUUCUAGGCUACAAGCUCCAGUUCUCAACUUUUCCCGCAACCAAUUUUAUGUAUGUGUUUUAUUGCCUUAUUCAAGUGAUUUAACAUUUUUAGUUUUUCACUAACCAUGCAUAACAUUUUUUUUCUCAAAAAUACAAUCAUGUACAUGCAUGCAUUUCACAUAUUAUUAUAGCCCAGUUUGUGCUGAUUACAGUGAAACUAGACUUUACCCAUUUAGAUAUUUAUAAGAAACUGAAAAAAGCACAAAUGUCAGGGCAUGACAAAACUUCUCAAGGCCCCAAAAAUACCCUUAGACUCCAGAGGGUUAAAGAGCUUACAUUAUGUGCUGGGGAUGCAAAUCAAAAAGGGAAUUAAUAAUACAAGACUUUGCUCUAUGCACCCUGCUGUUGGAACUGAAUUUUAAAUAAAAAUGUAAAAGCUGUCUCAAUGUUGAUUUUUGCAAAGGCUUUUGAUUGUUCUGUAAUCCCUAUUUUGACAGUAAGCGCACAUUAUAAUUUUGAAACCUCAUCAAAGCUCUUUUAUGCCAUGGUUAAAGGAAUGCUUUUUUUUUUUUAAAUG